AGAAGCUCAAAACAAGUUUUUUUUAGUUGUACUUUCUUUGUUUUCCAUUUGUUUUCUCAUCCAAACAAAUCCUAAAAAACGUGAACCAUAGACACGAGUCGUAUCCUUCAGCUUUGACUCACUGUAGUAAGUCCACUUCUCUUCUACCAUCUCCCUCUCAUCAUGGCGGGUUGUUUCAGCUUCACCGCCUCCCGUGACCGCUGCUACCGUCUCUCCUUCUCCAACGCCGGUCUCAAAUCAACCACAACAGAUCUCGGCCACACCACAAUCAUGCAUUGCUGGAUCCCCAAAUCCCACAAACCCUCCAAACCUUCCCUUCUCCUUCUCCACGGCAUGGGAGCCAACGCAAUGUGGCAAUGGAACGAAUUCAUUUCACCACUCACUCGUCGUUUCAACGUCUACGUCCCCGAUCUUCUCUUCUUCGGUGAAUCUCACACUACUCAACCCGAUCGAUCCGAAUCGUUUCAAGCUCAGUGUGUUGCUGCUUUAAUGGAAUCUCAUGGUGUUCGAUUGAUGAAUCUUGUUGGAAUUAGUUACGGUGGUUUUGUUGGUUAUAGUAUGGCGGCACAGUUCCCGGAACGUGUUGAGAAAGUUGUGCUGUGUUGUGCUGGUGUUUGUUUGGAAGAUAAGGAUAUGAAUGAUGGUUUGUUUGUUAUUAAGAGUGUUGAUGAAGCUGCUACUAUUUUGCUUCCACAGACUCCUGAAAAGAUGAAGCAGCUUGUAAAGCUUACUUUUGUUAAACCUAUCAAAGUUAUGCCUUCUUGUUUCCUCACUGAUUUUAUUGAUGUGAUGUGCACCGAAUACCGACAGGAGAAGAAAGAACUAAUUGAAACAUUAUAUCACGAUAGAAAACUGUCUAAUCUUCCCAAGAUAACCCAGCGUACACUAAUAAUCUGGGGAGAACAGGACCAGGUAUUCCCACUGGAAUUAGCUCACAGACUGGAAAGGCAUUUGGGAGAGAAUGCACGACUAGUAGUUGUUAAGAAUGCAGGGCAUGCACUAAACUUGGAGAAGCCCAAGGAACUGUAUAAAAUUUUGAAAUCCUUCCUCAUAGAUUCCAUUACUCCAUCAGCGCAAGAAAACCACAGUAAUGGUCAUAAGCUGGAUUAGCAGUGUCAACCCAUAGGAAUUAUAGAUAUUUUCAGCGUUACGGAUAUGUUUGUGUAUCUAUAUGUUUUCAUAGUAAACAGCCACGCAUGAUAGUUUUUCUUGCAUAGGAUGGGGAAAGUGAAGCUGGUAAAGAUGGUUUUGCAACUAAAAAAAGGAAAGAGGCUGCAUAUUCUGCCACAAUUUAAAGGAUGUUGAUGAGCAUCAUCAGAAAAGAGAUUUUACGGAUCAACCACUAUAAACUCGUAAUCCAGGAAACUAGCCCUGGGGCAGAAUCAGAUUCAAAGGCAAUUUUCUAAGGGAAUCCUGGAACAGGGAGUACACAUGCAAUGUGAUAUAUAAUGAGCUAAUGUAUGUAUUCCAACACUUAAUAUUGUCUGUAUAUGUAUUGCAAACAUUGUUUGUCCUCUGCUCUUA